AUGCCUAAGGUACUGUUGACAGGAGGCAGCGGAUUCAUUGCUGCUCAUGUUCUUGAUCAGUUGCUGGAGCGCGGCUUCGAUGUCGUGACCACAGUCCGAUCUGAAGAGAAGGGCGAUAAGAUCCUGGCUGCGCAUCCGAAUACGCCAAAGGAGAAGCUCUCCUAUGUCAUUGUCAAGGAUGUUGCGCAGGAUGGCGCUUUUGAUGAUGUAUGGAUUUAUUCCCUUCGCUUCGGUUCAAUCUCUAUAUGGUCGUAUUUGCUGAUAAACGAGAAGGCUGUCAAGUCCGACCCGCCAUUCGACUAUGUCCUCCACACAGCGUCCCCCUUCCAUUUCAAUGUCCAGGACCCCGUAAAAGAUUUCCUAGACCCUGCAAUCAAGGGAACAACGGGCAUCCUGAAAGCUAUCAAGGCCUACGCACCUACUGUGAAGAGGGUGACAAUCACUUCGUCCUUCGCAGCGAUUAUCAACCCGAAGAACCACGAAAAGGUCUACAGUGAGAAGAACUGGAACCCUGUGACCUGGGAAGAGGGUUUGGACUCCUCCAACACAUACCGAGCAAGCAAGACACUUGCAGAGAAAGCCGCUUGGGACUUUGUAGAGAAGGAGAAGCCCAACUUCGACCUUGCGACCAUCAAUCCGCCUUUGGUCCUCGGUCCCGUCGUGCACUACCUAAGCUCGCUUGAUGCUAUCAAUACCUCGAACGCGCGGAUCAGUGGUCUUGUGCGAGGAUUCAACAAAGAUGCGAUCCCACCCACGGGCACCUUCCUUUGGGUCGACGUUCGUGAUGUUGCACUGGCCCAUGUCAGAACCAUCGAGGUAUCGGAGGCUGGGGCGCAGCGGUUCUUCAUCACGGCUGGUCACUAUUCGAACAAGGAUAUUAUCGACAUUAUCCGGGACGCGUAUCCUGAGUUGGACGAUAGACUGCCACCGAAGGAUGCCCCGGGCGACGUCCCUAAAGAUGUGUAUGGUUACGACAACUCGAAAUCAACGCAGGUCUUGGGUCUCAAGUACCGCGGGCUGAAGGAGUCAGUAGUUGACACGGUUAAGACGCUGCUGGAGAAUGGUGCUUAG